AAGUUUGUACUGUACGUUGCGGAAUACUUUUUGCUUCAAACCACUACCCUGAAGCUUCUUUCCAGAAUUUUCAGGUCUAAAUAAACUUUUCCCGACCUUGCCAGUUACCUACAGCUCAAGUUAAGUGAGUUAAAAGAUGAUCUUUUGAUAAUAAAACAAUGAAAACAAAAGUUCGUAAUGCCUUGUUCCGGAAUGUCUUUGUUUGAUUUUGACUCCAAACUACCGCAAUUGCUGCCUGGUCGAGUUUACCUUCAGGCCCAAAUACGUCCUUUCGUGAAAGGGAAUCAAACUCUUUUGCAAAACCAUUGAAAAUUCACGUGGCUAAAUAAUUUCCCACUGGGAAUAAAGCAUCAAGCAUUAGUUUAAUUUUCUUCCAGAUAAGUUAAUUAGCUUUGAACUGUUUUACGACGUGAAAGCUUCAGAGACUAAGCCGAGAGCUCGCCUACACUUCAAAGGUCCAUAAAGAAUGGAAAACUUUAUUUGGCUUAACUUGUUUGGUCUUGAUUCACAUCCCUAAAAAUGUAAAUUCCACUUUACAACCACUUUUGAACGUGGCAUUCAAGAACUCAAAACAAUUUCAACAUAUUUUAGCUGUGCAUACCGGAGGUUAAUUAAACACAAUUUAAAAACCUUUCUGUUUUCCUUUUCACGGAGUGAUGUUAUACCCCAGGGAAAUCGUUUGAAUGGCGCUAGAAAGUGUUUUAAUUCUUUUGCCCUAAAAAUUUAAAAGUAAGCGAAAAGGACUGUUUUCUUUGUUUUGUUUUGUUUUGUUUUGUUUUCUCUCGUACAUCUGAGAUCUCAUGUACAGGUUUGACAGUAAAAGACUGUAAAUCAAAUACAUUUUUCUGUGGCCCACGGGAAAUGUGCGCUAGUAUGUCGUAUUGGAUGGAAUGCCCAUUUACUGUAGAAAACAUUUUUUUGUCUCUAAAAUGAUUUGCAUCAGGAAAAAGUCCUUUUUACACAACGGUGACAAUGCCUAUUCAAACGAUUGUCGGGAGUUAGGUAAUUAAUCAAAUGGCCCAUAAAAGCCUGUUAAUGCUGCGCACAUGCUACUAUGUUCUUGAACCCAACUGACAGGGACUCUUCGAAAGGUUGUCUCUCGCCUUAGACGUCGCUGGAAGAAAUGAAGAUUGUCGUCGUGCUUUUGCUGUUCGUCUCUGCCACCACGGCGAUUAAUGAGUGGCUUGGCCUUCCAGAAGGGAAGUUUCAGCAGCUAGAUCAAUUGCUGGAUGAUGAGCCGCUCCCUGUCAGGAGAUUUGGCAGCUUAUUCAAAGCUGACGACCUUGCUAGCGCCAAUUUAAAUGAUCACGAUGAAGAGGAGUUCGUAGGAUCAGGUAUUAACCCUGGACCCGAACCCGACAAAGGGGCUGCUGAGGAGAUGGUUAAUGCGUCACGCGCCAUUCUACCGGCGAUAAAAGUACUGAAAAAGUCCAGGGACAAACAGAAUGAAGAAUAUUCACUGCAGUUUAUACAUGCCCUGAAAUACGCUGCCAGCGAUGGUUAUGUUAAGACAGUUUUGGGAGGACACUUCAUGGCGCUUCACCAACGCUGUAUUGCCAUCAAAGUUAGAUUUGCCCGUCGUGCGCACGCUACAGGCUUGUUUAACUUGAUAAAGAAUGAUCACUUGGACUUCCAUGCAGUUAUGGGCCACGUUAUAGCAGCGGCAGAUCAAGAACAGUUUGAUAUCUUUCUGGUGUUUGCUCUUGUAGCUCACCGUUUCGAACUUCAUAACCAACCUGUCGUCCAGGCAAUCAUGGAGAUUGGACAGAUGGUCGCUGAUGCAGCCUGUGAGGUGAAGAUGGAUGGUCUAUUUGGCAAGAUUAACGAGAUCAUUGGCAAAGAAAAUGAAGAGGGUGACUUUGAUUUUAAGGACAAAAUAGCUCCAUUCAUUUAUCAGCAGAAAAGCAAGAUAUGUCCAGGAGAUUUGAUGAAACUUUUGGAACAACAUCAAAAACAAAGCGCCAAGGCAAGGUUGUUGAACAUUGUAUUCAAAGAAUGCAAGGAAGUGAGAUACAUCAGGUUUGCUGCUGGUACAGUGGUAGAUGGAAUCAAGCUGUCCAAAAAAGUGAAGGAUACGAAGAAACUGGAAAUGGAGCGUCUAAAUGACAUGAUCGAAGAGGUCUCGGACCUUAUGGCAGACAACAAGACUGAAGAGGCACACAUAGUUGUGGCUGACUAUGUCCUGACUAAUCUGAGGAGGGCUAUCAUAGUCAGUGUCGCUGUUGAGAACCAAUUGAAUUCAUCUCUACCCGAACCUUCUGGUUCUCCCAAUUCUUCUGGACCUAAUCCUCCGCGGGAAAAAGCUGCAGCUAAAAGGAAUGCUGAUAUCAUUGAAUAUGAAUCCAUUGAUAUAUUUGAACCGAUCCUUGCAGGUCGCGAAUAACAGAACCACCAUAACAACCAGAACAUUUGACUAGCAGCUGCCAUCGUGCAAAAUUGAUUUCAUUCUCAUUAUUACACACAAUCCACUUUCACACCGUUUUAUUCACUAAAGCCAUGGUGAUUUGCGGAGACAAAUAAGUUUGUAAAAAAAAGUGCACGUUUUUUGGUUGUAAAUUAUAUCCUGUUUGAAUUCCAAAUAAAAUGAAUUAAAACAA